AUGCGAGUUGAAAAUGAUAAGCCAAAGAAUGAUCAACCCGAGCCCAAGGAAGUCAAGACUCCUCAAUUGCCAUUUCUUCAAAGGUUAAACAAUGGAGCACUUGAUAAGCAGUUUCAAAAAAUUUUAAAGGUGUUCAAGCAAUUAGACAUUACUAUUCCCUUUCUAGAGGCAGUCACUCAAAUGCCUAAAUAUGUCAAAUGCCUCAAGGACAUCAUAUUAAACAAAAGGAAGUGGGAUGAUCAUGAGACCAUAUCGAUGAAUGAGGAAUGCAACGUUGUCAUUAGAAAUAAGCUUCCUCCAAGGCUUAAGGAUGUAGGGAGUAUCACUAUACCUUGUGUUGUUGGUAAAUUGUCUAUCGAUAGAGCACUUUAUGAUUUAGGAGCUAGUGUUACUUUAAUGCCUUUAUCUUUGUGCAAAAAAUUAAACAUUGGGGAGCCUAAACCUAUGAAUAUUUUCUUACAACAAGCCAAUAGAUCCAUAGUCUAUCCAGAGAGAAUUUUAGAGGAUGUUCCUAUAAAAGUUGGAGAGUUUUAUGUGUCUUGUGACUUUGUUAUUCUUAAGAUAGAAGAAGAUCUUCAAAUCCCUAUAAUUCUAGUACGAGCUUUCUUUGCUACAAUAAGAGCAAUAAUUAAUGUAAAGCAAGGCAAGAUUAAGCUUGAAGUGGGGGAAGAAAUAGUGGAGUUUGAUAUUUUUAAAAUGGCACAAAAUCCUUCAAUGGUGCAAUCAUGCUUUAAAGUUGAUGCAGUUUAA